UUAUGUCCCUUGCAUCUUGAUUAAAAUCCUGGAAUUACAAAUACAAGGAGUUUACAUGGGUGCAGUGCUUGCACAGAAAUACAGAUUUUAGAGCUUUUUGGAACUUCUCUUAAAAAAUAAAGACAUUUUCUAUUAAAUUAUCUUUAACUGUGCUGAUGACAUCAGAAGAAUGUAGGCUUGUAGUAGACAUUUGAAGUGGAAAUACUGAGAGAAUUAACUUUUUUUUGGCAGGCUGACACUUCAGCUCUGUUAUUACAAAGGGUGUAUUCGAGUCAUCAGUAUGUUAGGUUGCUUGAAAACUUCAUGCUUUUCCCAGCUUUUCCCCCCCAAAAUGGAAAAUGAGCUGAACUAUUGUCUCAGUACAGCUAAAAGCACAACUUAAUAUGUUUUGCCUUUUCUUAAGGCAAUGCUGUAACAUUGAACUAAGGGAGACAAAAUUCACUUGUUGGCACAGCAGCUUAAGUCCAUGUAUCUGUCAGUACCAGAGGAGUCUGCAGAUCUAGACGAGGAAGAAGUAUAAUGCGGAUAAAAUCUCGUGGAUGAUUCACUACAACUAGUAUAGGAGAGGGUAGAAAUUGCUGGAUGAUAAUUCUGAAUGUGUUGAAGAUGUGGGUGUGUUUUUCGUUUUGCAUUCAGUGGGACUAGGAUUCAACCACUGGGCUCAAAACUCCUAAGAAAUUAAAUACCAGCUCCAUAACCAAAAAAAAUUGAGACAUGAACAGGGAUGUCUGUUUUUCUGGCAUCUGCUGACCCCUUUGUGUUUGGCAGCAGUGCAGCAGUGAGGUCCAGAUCUGGUUCUCAACUCUUUUGCUUCCAGUUGAAUGUUGGUAUCUUUUUUUGUGAGGAAAACUUGGAAGUGCUACAUUCUCAUCACCAAAGGGGUAAUGUGAGGGCAUUUCCUGCUCCCCCCGCCCCCACUUUCAAGUGACAUGGUUUCAGUUCAAGUGCAGAGGUGUGUGGAAUGACCUGUUUGUUAUUUUAAGACCGAUAUUUGAAUAUGAGUUAGAAGUAUAGCGAUCUCUGAUUGCCUCUUCUACUAAGUGUAACUCUGGGAAUGUCAUCAGCUACUGUUCAAAGGCAGCAUAAAGGCUCGGGAAAAGCCCUGGGGAAUAUUUUGCUGCGGUCCCAGCUUGCAGAGGGCUGUGGAACGGGGGCAUUGAGGGGAGUGAGGAAGCUCAUGGCUGACUGGCAACUCCUCUCACCGGGGCUCUUGGCUGCUUGGCAGCGACCAGGACGUUUUUCCACAGAUUCCUAUUUACAGUGGUAUAGGUCACCCGGAGGCUGCUGGUGUCAGCAUCAUUUCAAGACCAGGUGUGACAUACCUGCGGGCAGAUUGCUUUUCUGAAACACUGGCGUAAAGCUGAAUACAGAACCCAGGGAAGCACCGGUUCUGCAAAACCUAGGGAAGCACCGGUGCAAAACCCAGGCUUCAAAGGGAUGGACUGUGUCACCAUGUUGCGGGAUGUGUGAUGUCAAAUAGUGGGCAGUACUUGCGGCCUCCCCUGCCAGCCUGCAGCGUCAUGUGCCAGUAUGAAUGUUAAGAAAGAAAAGUGUACUUCAGAGAUCAGCACCCCAGAAAGAAAAAAAGGAGGAACUAAACGGAGAGAACAAAUUACUGUACUGCUUGCAAAACUUGGGGCCAUUCACUUUUUCUCCUGAGAAAUUUCAUCUUGGAUGUUGUGAGAGAGCUGAAAGAGCAAGCAGAGCAGUCACAGUGAUUUUCUUAGGGUCCUCUUUUUCUUUCUUAAUUUAAUUUUUUUCCCCUCAUGCUUGGAUUUUAAGACUGUCAGCUGCACUGAUCACAAGCACUGGCCAUCGAUAUGUGUCAUGUCAUUGUAACCUGUCGGUCAAUGCUAUGGACUCUCCUGAGUAUUGUCGUGGCUUUCACAGAGCUCAUUGCUUUCAUGAGUGCAGACUGGCUGAUUGGUAAAGUGAAGCCUUUGAGCUCCGAGGACAUGGACAACAGAACGGGGGGGUCACAGGAGCCUUACCAUCCGACGCUGGGCAUCUACGGGCGCUGCACCAGAAUCUCCCACACGCAGCUUUUCAGACAAGACACACUUUGUGGUCCUUAUGCAGAAAACUUCAAUGAGAUUGCCAGUGGGUUCUGGCAGGCAACCGCUAUUUUCAUAGCAUUGGGAAUCAUGAUUCUCUGCACCAUGGCGUUUGUGUCUGUCUUUACUAUGUGUGUGCAGAGUAUUAUGAAGAAAAGCAUUUUUAAUGUCUGUGGGCUGCUACAAGGGAUUGCAGGUCUCUUCCUUAUCUUAGGCUUGAUACUUUACCCUGCAGGUUGGGGAUGCCAGAAAGCAAUAAGUUAUUGUGGACCUUAUGCUUCUGCUUACAAACUAGGAGACUGCUCCUUGGGCUGGGCUUUCUACACAGCUAUUGGUGGCACUAUUCUGACGUUCAUCUGUGCAGUCUUCUCGGCACAAGCUGAAAUAGCCACAUCCAGUGACAAAGUGCAAGAAGAAAUAGAAGGAGGAAAAAACCUUAUCUGCCUCCUUUAACUCCAGUGGGAAAAACACCAGCGUGUGGAUCUUAAUUUGCUUUCCAUUGACUGGACAAGCAGAUCCGCUUACCUGUUUCCACCAUUUGUGUGAUUGAGCCCCAUGCAUUCCAGCCCUGAACUACUGAAGUGGUCUUUCUUCCUUGCUGGGCAAUGAGGAUCAAAGGAUCCCAAGAAAGCAGAAUAUAAAUACUUGGGAAUUUUUUUGUUUCAUUCUAUUAUCAGGAUGCAGUGGAAAUUAUUAAUCCGAUUGGGGAGGUGCGGAAUCGUGUAUAUAGCAGGAAUGUUAUUGUUAUAACUGACAAAUUCUUAUUGAUCGGAUUGCCUUACUUACCUUGGUCACUUUGAAGAAUUUGGAUUUAAAAUAAUAAAAGCCAGCACAUUUUUUUUCUUAUACAAAGGAGAAGCUUUGUUUCCAAGGGCUCCCCUCACCUGUGAAUAUUUCACCAUCACCUGAUUUGGUACCAUACUUUUUUCAUUGAGGUGCUUUUUGAUACUGAACUUCUUUAAAGUAUAGUGCCUUCUUGGAUAGUACGUAUAUGAUGGAGAGAGCAAAGUUGAUGUGAUACCAUUUACACCAAUCUUUAAGCAGUUAAAGUUGAGUCCCUGUCAGGUUUCUUUGUCUUGAAACUUAUAGUGCAAGGUGUGUGCCGCUUGUUACUUAGCAGGUAAAUGAUUCUGGUUUCAUUGACUGGGCAAAGAAGCUGUUGUUACAUUGGCUUUCACCUGAUUCUGAUAAAAUUGUUAGAAAUCCCAGUGUUAGAAAUAUUUCUACAGCCUUUAUUAGAAACUCCUGAAAUCCCAAGCAGAUGCCCACUCCCCAUGGAACAGCUGGGCAUUAUGUUGUGAUUGCCAACAGCCUGGCCUGGGCUUUAGCCUCUCCUACGAAUGUAGAUCACACAUUGGACUUUAACAGUAUUAUUCUUUCUCUUGCCAGUGAAACCUCAUUCCUAGUCUACAGAUCAGUCUGUCUCAUGUCCCAGAGCCAGCUGAGUCCUUAAGAAAUUUACUUUUUUUCAGGAAGUCAUGCCAAAUUCUAAAUGGCUGGGAAGAUCUUUUCCCAUUUUUUUAACCACAUAUAGUAUGGACCCUUUUCCAACUAAAUCAGCAGAAAUAAACCAGACCUUGCCACAAAUGAUAUUCCUUUCUCAAAGGCAGUUGGUUGUAUUACUUGUGGUGUCGCAUCACUUACUAGAACUAUUUCUGAAAACAAAUUUAAAAGGUAUUUUAAAAAAAAAGGAAUUAUGCAACUGUGGCUUAGGAGCAUU